AUGGGUAAAACGUCGAAGCCGCUCGUGUGGAAGUCGGGUAGCACGGAUUCGGUCACGCGCGGCGGCUCUAAACCCACUGAUAACAUCGCAAAGAAUAACAUCUUUGUAAGCCACAAUGCAUCUUCACGGCCCCUGAUAAGAUCUGCUCCGAGCUCUUCGCAGCCACCAAACGCAGUGGGAGCUGCCGUGGUAAUCCCUCAUACCCGUGAUGCCGCGUCGCGGCGGGAUUCCCUCACACCGUCUCACCAAACCACCGUAGCCAACAUGGGAGCUAUUAAUAACAAUCAGGUUCGGCUCAACUUCUCAGGUUACAGCAGCCAUCCUCGAAGUAAUUCAGCAUCGUUGGUUGCACAAAAAUUUGCAAUAGUAGGUUCGAAUUCCCAAAUUGUGAACUGA